AUGCAUAAAACCGAAAUUAUGACUUGGAGUACAAUAUUUGCCGAAGAAAGUGGUGAUACUGAAGAAGGGAUCAAGACACAGGUCGACAGAGAAAAUGCAUUAAAACGCACUAUCUUGAAAUCAAUCAUAAAAUGGAAAAGAAUUGUGGACGAAAUCGACGGAUCUCAUGCCGGAUCAAAUAGAUCGGAAAAUGAAUAUCGAUUAAGAUUUUAUUACCAACAGCAGUACAAUCAGCUGCUCCAAACAGAGAUAGAUAAGCUAAAAUCUAUGAGAAAAAUUGCCAAGGAAGAUAAGCAACACGCUCUAAAGAUCUUUGAUACUCAUGGUUCAACCAUUCCAGAACUUAGAACAAAAAUUCGAGAAAUGAAAAGGGAGAAGAUCUCUUUAAAUAGUUCCAUGGGAAUGCUUGAAAGACAGUUAGACAAGGAAUCGAUGGAAUUCUGCAAGGUUCGUCAGAUGUGUGACGUAAUUUUAAAUGAUGUAUUACUCCAACAUAAAAUCAAAGUGGAACGUCAAGAACAGGUUGAUAAAGAAUAUUUUUUAAAACUAAGGAGAAACCUUAACAUUACCCUUUAUGGUGCUGGAUCAGAUUCAAUAUCCUGUUUAGGACUAGCUGCAAGUCGAUCGGCAGUUUCAUCCCGCUCGUUAGCUUCAAGAUCUUCAAAGACAAACGGUUCAGUACAGGCGAAGGGUAUGCAAUCUUCAAAGAAACUAAGCAAACCAAAAACCUCAAUUAAAUCAGGAGUAAAAGGAAAUAGAAAUUCUGACAAGAUUUUAAUUAGUCGGCCAUUGUCAGUAACCCGUACAGAAAUAAGCGAGGAGAGUCAAAGUAUCUGCUCUGAAGACUUUUCACAAACUAAAUCAAGUACACAACCUGUUCCAGAAAUAGAGACCACAAAAGCGGAACCAAAGACUAUCAGAAAGGCAUUCAAUGUCUUGCGAGUAAUAAAUGCUUUCAAACAUUCUAAAAAACAAUCUAACAAUGGAUCCGAAAUUGAAUGUAUCGAAGAUGAACGGAAUUCAAUGUUGAAAACAAUGAUUAAAACGAAAAAAGAGUCAAUGACAUUACUGGAACAAAACGAUUUACCUUCACAGAGAGCUUCGGUUCGUAAAUUACCACCUAUACCAAACCGGAAGAAUUCUGAUUCGGUUUUCAAACAGAAUAUUUUACAAAAUGCCCGCGUAACCGAUUCUAAAAUUUCGAAUCGGAUUUCGAGUCGAAAGCCAAAGCCAGGAAACCUGCCAUCAAUGAAAAAAACCAAAACGAUGUCGAAAAACAAUUUAGGUGUAGAUCCAAAGAAGGCAACGAAAAGAGGUGUACUCAAAAAUACUUGA